AUGAUGGCUUACAUCAAACAGCCCCAUUACGCGGUCAACGGACUCGCCCUGGCCGGCCCGGGCAUGGAGCUGCUCCACUCGGCCGUCGGAUACCCGGGUAAGGCCCCCCAAACUCCCGCAGCCACCCCCAGGAAACAGCGUCGGGAACGUACGACCUUCAGCCGGGCCCAGCUGGACAUCUUGGAGGCUCUGUUCGCCAAGACCCGCUACCCGGACAUCUUCAUGCGCGAAGAGGUGGCACUGAAGAUUAACCUCCCCGAGUCCAGGGUGCAGGUCUGGUUCAAGAACCGCCGGGCCAAGUGCCGGCAGCAGCAGCAGCAGCAGCAGCAGAGCAGCGGACAGGCCAAGGCCCGGCCGGUCAAGAAGAAGAGCCCCCCGGCAUCGGAGCCCGGCCCCGGCGGCCAGUACAGCCCGGCUGCGCCGGCGGCCCGGCGGGCCCCCCCCGGCUCCACGGUCGGCGCCACCGUGUCCAUCUGGAGCCCGGCCUCCAUCUCGCCGCUGCCCGACCCGCUGGGCACCGCGGCCCCCGGCGCUCCUUGCCUGCAGCGCCCGGCCGCGGGCUCGGCCUACCCCGUGGCCUACCCGCAGGCGGGCCCCGCCGGCUACGGACACGGCUACGGGGCCUCGGGCUCCUACUUCGGGGGGCUGGACUGCGGACCCUACCUGUCGCCCAUGCAUCCCCAGCUGGGCGCCCCGGGGGCGGCCCUCAGCCCCAUCGCCACCCCCACCAUGGGGGGCCACCUGAGCCAGUCCCCCGCCUCGCUCUCGGGCCAGGGCUACGGGGCCGCGGGGCUGGGCUUCGGCCCCGUGGACUGCCUGGAUUAUAAGGACCAGUCGGGCUCCUGGAAGCUCAACUUCAACGCGGCCGACUGCCUGGACUAUAAGGACCAGAGUUCUUGGAAGUUUCAGGUCUUGUGA